UUUGAAACAGCUGCUGGAAUUUUCAAACAAAUAGUUGUAGUCGGACGAACCUCUCAAAUGCAGCGUUUAUGAAAAAACAAUAAAAGAUGGCGAACUGGGCUAAAAAUCAGCCAUCUGGUAGUACAACUCGUAGAAAGUGGAACUUGGAAGAUCGCACUUCAUUAAACAAUUUGAAGUAUCAUAUAGCUGCGGAGGGUUGUUCUGAGGUGCAGUAUGACUUGGCCAAACAAUUGUUGGACAAAACAAUCGAACAAAAUGAAUCUUCGUCAAGUCAACAAGCAAUACACUGGUUGCUUCGCGCAGCACAGCAAGGCCACGAAGACGCCACUAAGCUGUUACGACAAUGCUACGACGAAGGUUGUGGCAUCACCACCGAAAAUGAAUCUGAGGUACGUUGUUGUUUAUCAAUGACACCCGGUGAGCGUGCAGCUCGCAAGGCCGCACGUGAACUAUUCUCCUGCUUAGCCAAUGGUGGUGAACAUAUAACACCUCGUCAACUAGAGCGUAAAAUGCGCGAAAUUUAUAAUCUUCAAAAGAAACGACGCCGUCAAGGUUAUUCAGUAUCAACAUCAGAAGAAGACACCGAAGAUGAAUAUGCGUAUGAUCGGCAUGCGCCACUAACAGACGCUGCGACUAUUGGUAACGGGCAUGUGAACUUGCCCCAACGCCAUCGACAAAGGCAACAUAGACGCCGUGUUGCUUCGCACUCAAAAGAGUCGUCACCAUCUUCGAUUCGUGUUAUAACGGAAGAAAAUUUGGUAUCCGCCGCCAUCAAUUACGCAGCAGGGCGUAUGCCUGCAGUAAAUGACGAUCUAACACUGUCUGUGCCUCACCCAGCGACAUUGGAUCAUGUGCCAUGCUUUCAUCGGUUGCUAUUCCAUCCAAUACUAUUCUGUACUAUACUUUAUCACCGUUUGGUGAAUUUUAUAGCUGCGUUUCCAACUACCAUACCGCCUAGUGUACGCAUGGGCUUACUCUUUGUUUUAUACUGGCUAAUGUCAAGUGGAAAUCUUACGGUGCUCGUACCAGUGAUAUUUUACUAUCUCUGCUUAGCUAUUAUGAUUUGCUCUACAUGCAAAAUGCUUAAAACAAAGCAAGAUUUUGUUGAUUUUCGAAUUUGGUCCGGCUUGUUUCUAAGCUACGGGGAUCACAACGUCGAGGCGGACCUUUCGGAAAAUCUAUUUUUAAAGAAUAACCUUAAGCCCUAUUUGUAUUUCUUUUGCGCAUUCAUAGGAAACUUAAUAGUAUCGCCGCUAAUAGCUAACGGUUGGCUGCCACAUUCUGAAUUAACUAUUGCAUCAUGCAUUUUUGUUUUUGCAUCGCUUAUAUCGUUCAUGUACUCAUCAGGCCGUAGAUUUCCUGACUGGAUUGUGCUAGUUUCCUUUGGUGUGAACGUGCUCGCCAAAUAUCCAUAUGAAAUGGAUGAUGUAGUUGCAACAGGUUGGCGUUUUUUGGAUCUCAAAGUACCUACAUUUUAUUCCUUUGUCAUUGGCAAUGGCAUUGAGUUUUGCUUAAAUUGCCGCACUGCAUUAUAUCUGCUCAUUCCGGGGUUCUUGGUCCAUCUUGCUUCACGCAGUAAUUGGUGUGGCAUCUACACACAUCUCAUACCGCAUUGCGUUACCUUGAGUUGGCUACAAUUGUGUAUCACAACCUCACAAAGCGCUACAAUGUUCGGCAUGGUAAGGGCAACGUUAGGUUUGGCAGGCAUUUUGCUCUUCUUGCCUUUAUUUGGAUUGGUUUCGUUGUUGGUUCCUGUAUUUGUGGCUAUUGAUUGGAUGGGCUUCACCGACCAGGGUAUACGUUUAGGCAGCACAGUUGCAGCGGCCAUACUCGCUUUACUCGUAUCUUGCUUUUUGGCAUUGAAUCGCACUACACAGAAAUACGUGACCGUUGUUCAGGUGAUUGUUUGCAUUAUGGCUGCUUGCAUACUUACAUUUCCCUACAUGACUGCAAAUUUCAAGGACUCACCGCGCUUUGCCAAUAUAAUAUCACUCGAUAAACAUGCAUCUAUAAUUGAUAGCGUGGAUAAUGGCCAAACUGUAGUAGAAGGAACAGAUGCUAUUCGUAGUCAUGAAGAUGAUCACAUACCACACAUCUCGGGCCCGCUGAGUUGGCAUCGUUUCUACGCACUUUGUGGCCAACCAGCAAAUGAAGAACAUAAUAAAAUCAAGACGCAACUACGAUGCGCCCACUUGGAGGGCAUGCCCGUUGUAUGGACGGGCAGUGUAACUAAAGUGCAAAUCAGUCGUGUGUCCAAUGUGCGGGCCGAGUAUAUAAAUAAAUAUUUGCCAAUGUGGUUAAGUCGUUUGGUACGCUGCUUUUAUGGUACACGCCUAAGCGAUCAAUUUCAGUGCGGCGAUCAAGAGAAGGAACCUUAUUGCGUUGAUAUGCAACGUUUACUUCAGCACAGUGAACUGCAAAGUGCGUGCUCGUUGCACCAUUGGAACUCAUAUGAAUAUGAAAUACGUGUGCGUAUGCCAACGCAAGGUUUGCUUAGCAAGAGCACUAAUAUUGUCCUACAAGCUAGCCACAAAUUUGGCAACUUUACACGUUCCUUAAUGUCGGGGGAUCGGCUUCAAUUCUAUGGCACGCUGCAAAAUAGUCGACUGCUAUUGGAUAAUAACGUGCGGGCUCGCGAAGAUUAUAUUUUGGGUGCGUCACAUGCACGCAUACAGUUAUUGGCUGUUAAAUGUUUGGUUUGUGGGGACGAAACGCUAAAAUCGGUAAGCUUGGAACGAAAGUCACCCUUAAACGCACGAAUGCGCGAUCUAAGGCGCGGCAUUAAAUACCUGUUGAACGUAUUGUUGAAUCCACUUAUAACAUUCAAAUAAUUUCACAUCGCAUGUGUGUACGUACAUACAUACAUACAAGUAUAUGUAUGUAUGAUAAUACGUAACGUCUUUUCAUCUUUAAAUAAUGUUUAUGCUUUUCUCACUUAACUACCAUGACAAAUGAAAUGUACCAGAACACAAAUAUUGAUGUACUGUAAAAUUUAAAAUAAAAAAAUUAUAUAUAUACAAUAUACAUG